CUGUCGGCUAACACUAUAACUUCACCUCCAGAAGAAAGUGUUGGUAGCGAAGUCCCCAUUGGCUCCUGCUCAGAGUGCCCUGAACCGCCAUCUACAGCUCAUGUUCAUCCAGCUUUUCUCAAUUUGGCAGUACGUUGCGAGCUGGGUAUGAUAGAUGAAGUGGAUUCGCUUUGCCUUGAUUUCAUUGCUGCUUUCAGGAAGUAUUUGGCGGAUUGGGUUACGCAACGUCAGAAAGAAAAUCGUGAUCCGACUUCGCUAAGUCAUGAUUUAGACGUCGCCAUCAGGCCUCAGAUAGCUCACCUUACCCAAGAAAGUCGGUGGCCACUUCCAUACGCUCUGGGUAAUAUAGUGCGACAGCUGAAGAAAGAAAUAAUGAAAGUGGGCACGCCAGACCGAAGUGGAAACUUGCUGGGCAUAGAAAAUGUGACGAAAUGGUUAGAUGAUUGCGAAGAGGAGUACUUCGGUAGCGCAUACCGGGCCAUUUCUGAUUAUCUCUUGGGAAAGAUGAGGACAGCUCCGAACGUCAUUACCUACGACUGGUGUCCUUUGGUGAAUAGAGUGCUUCUGGAUGCCGUGGAGAAAGACUUCAAUGCCGUAUUUACGGUGAUAGAUCCGGAAAUGGAGGGAAGAGGGAUGCGACACGUUAAAGUGUUUGUCGAACGUAAAAUCCGUUGUCGCUACACAGAUUUGAAUUCAGUCGGUACAGUUAUGAAGAACGUGAGUUUUUACUUCAAAGAAAUUUGGCCUUUCUUCGCUAAUCUAGCCGUUUCUACUAUUGACGAGAAACUGUUUUCUUUCCUUAUUCUAUCUUUUGAAUUUGUUCUUCUGAAUCAAAUGUGA